AAAAUUUGAUUGCAGGUUUGUAGCUCAUUGAAUAAAUUUGUCGGCCAGUUCAAUGAUCUCUUGCCGGAUAUGAAAUGGCAAGAUAGGAAAAUCAUCUUUGACUACAGUCUGACGGUCGGACCCCAGUCGACGUACAGCUACAUGGAGUCAUGGCAUAAGGGGGAGUUUAUCAGCAGCUCAUAUGCUAAGUACCAAUUUUCACCUGAGCACAUGUCGUCGCCUCAGCCCAUGCCAGUACCUGAGCCCAUGCGAGACUUCCAGGAAGACGACGCCAUGUUUUACGUGUUGGUCAACGAGUACCUGUUCAAAUCGUUGAUGGCUGCACUGCAUGAGAACACACCUGUGCUACACGUACUAGGAGAUGCAGAAGAGCUUUCGGAGACCUACAGGAACUUGUUGAUAUCUGUAAUCAAACAUUAUGUCACAGAAGAUGCCUUGGCCAGAACAAAUAUUCUCGUGGAAGUGGUGGCUGACAUAACACCAAAUGUUGAACUAACAAGUGCUGGCAUCAACGUGACGUUAAGUGGGGUGUGGAAGUUGACGUUUGGAGAUAUGCAUCUAAACCGCUACUUUGCUAAAGGUGAUAGGAUGGUUGACUUAUAA